AUGGACCAGUUACCGCGCUCGUCAGAGGGUUUGCGAUGGGAGGAGCUCCGCAACAAUACCAUGAUCAGGGGAGCGGAAUGGCUUCGUGGUCGUUUGCAAGAGUUGGGACUGGAUGAGCUGCGCAGCUUGGCUGUUGCCGGAGGCAUCAGAGCGAGGGUAGGCGACAGAUGGCUGCCGGUGGCACAACUGCGCUCUGCGCUUGAUGGAAGCCUUGGCACCAACAGAGCAGGCGCAGCGAGGUCGUCUUCAAGGUCUGUAGCAGAAGCUCGAUGGGAGGAGUUCCGCAACAAUGCCGUGAACCAGGGAGCGGAAUGGCUGCGUGGAUGUUUGGAAGAGACAGGACGUGAUGAACUGCGCAGCUUAGCCGUUGCCGGAGGCAUCAGAGCGACGAUAGGCGAUAGAUGGCUGCGGGUGGCGCAACUGUGCUCUGCGUUGAUGGAAGCCUUGGCGCCCACAGAGCAGGCUCAGUCUGUAGCGCAAGCUCGAUGGGAGGAGUUCCGCAACAAUGCCGUGAACCAGGGAGCGGAAUGGCUACGUGGAAGUUUGGAACAGAUGGGACGGGACGAGCUGCGCAGCGUGGAUGUUGCCGGAGGCAUCAGAGCGAAGAUAGACGACGGAUGGCUACCGGUGGCGCAACUGCGCUCUGCGUUGAUGGAAGCCUUGGCGCCAACAGAGCAGGCGAGCUCGUCUUCAUCUGUUGCGGAAGCUCGAUGGGAGGAGUUCCGCAACCAUGCCGUGAACCAGGGAGCGGAAUGGCUUCGUGGAUGUUUGGAACAGAUGGGAGCGGUCAAGCUUCGCAGCUUGGCUGUUGAUGGCGGCAUCGCAGCGAAGAGAGGCGAUGGAUGGCUGACGGUGACACAACUGCGCUCUGCAUUGACGGAAGCCUUGGCGCCAACAGAGCAGGCGGUCACAGACCCAAAGGACCGCAUGCGUCCCUUGGCGACCCUGAGUGACAAGACUGUGGGCGAGGUGGAGGCAUUACAUCUCACGCGUGCUACCCUGGAUAGUCGCGUGGUGGACGCGACGUUGUGCUUGUUGCAGGCGGUGCUCGACAUACUGUGGUUGGCGGUGGAUGAAGACGGAGAGUUGCGUCAGCGACGAGGCAAGCUGGAUUUCGCAGACGUGGCGUAUUUGCGCUGCUUGAUGAGUGAUGUUUCGCCGGUGGUGGUACAGUUGGAGCUGGAUAUACGGCAAUGGCAGGAAGAGCAGCGCUGCGCUCGACUACCGACUGCCGACGAAGACAGCGUCCUGUAUAGGCGCAUCGCGAACUACUGCAACAAGGAGAAGAGCGCGCGUUGUCGCUUGAUGCGAGCUGCGUAUCCUGCCGAUGUGGAGAGUAUUCAGGAAUUGAAGUUGGAUUGUUUGGAGGCCUCGGAUGACGGAGAUGGGUGUGUGAAGUGGAGAUCGGACGUAGAGAGUGCUGUUUGCGGUGGCGCGCCUGCUGUCGAUGUGGACAUGGACGGCGACGCAGCCUUGGUUGCGGAGAUGCCACACACCCAGAUGGCCAAAGAAGUCUUUGCGCUGUUGACCAACGUGAAUCUGAAGUUUGAGACUAAGUUGCGAAGAGCGGCGCAGAUGUUGGCCUGCACACCCACCUUUGCUGGAGUCGGUGGAGCGCUGUCGCGUUUAGUGUUGUGUUCUCAGGAGGAGGACAACGUGGAGAAACCGUUGCAGCGGUUUGAGUGUCGUUUGUGCGACUUCGGCGCUACUGGAGAAAGAGCCUUCUUGGAUCACGUCAUGGAGAAGCGCAGCGGUGGCGCAGAUGGAAGUCGUGCGCUCAUCGAGUAUCGCAAGAAGGUCGUUGGAUUAGCAACGCACUUGGGACCUUCAGAUGCUUGGCUUCGUAUGUCAGAGGGACGUGCGCUUCAUUCUGGUCAACUUAGAUUGAUGUGGGCUCUACUCCGGCUGAAAAUGAAGUUUAAGCAGGACGAAGCGCAGGUCACGAGCUUCGCCACGCAGCGUCGCUGGAUGGAGAAUGCAGAUGAGAGGUUUUGGCGAGAGCAGCUGAAGAUGUUGAUUUUGUUCCAAGACCCUGCGGGCAACUUCGAGUUGGGGGAGAGUGGACACAAUUCCGCCUGGACAACAGGAGUGGACAUGCAAGAUGCAAUUCUCUUUGUCUUGGUUGGGAGCCAGAAGGAUGCAGUCAAGGGGUCGUCUUUGUUGCGAGCGCCCAGGAGUGAGUACGGUGCUGCUGUGGAGUGUCUGCGGCAAACGAAUCCUUUCUAUGCAGAAGUGACAUUGGGAGAUGGUGGUGAUGACCUUUUGGAAGGACAAGAGACACUGGAGGAGGAGGAAAACGAUGGCGCCGCUGAAGACCAAGAUCGAGGCAAAGAGGCACCAGGUGGUAUCUACAGAUGCGGACGCCCACGGACCCACGGACAGCUCUUGGGGCGUGAAGGAAAUCAGGAAAAGCAAGUACUGCAGAAGGUUCGCAACAUUCAGAAGAUCGCGCGCGGCGCCGCUGAAAAUGAGCGUGCUGUGGAGUCGGCAAUGUCCCAAGUCAAACCUUCCAAGUUGGUGGUUCCGAGCAAAGACGAACCUCUGUCCAUGUUCGAGGCAGCGACCUGGGGCAUGUCGUUUCCAGACUUGUUUCCCUACGCUGACGGCUUGCCGUUUCUGAAGCGGGACACCAACAUGGACGCCACGGAGCUCUUCCGGUAUUUACUGCUACGAGAAGAGCUGCAGUACACUGAUACCCCACCAGCGUUGCCGAGAUGGUCACUGUCGGCCAUGGCUUUGCGCGGGGACAAUGCAGACCUCCGAGAAUUGAUGCGAGAUCCAGCGGUGGACGUAUCCCUGAAGCGGGCGUUGGGGGGAGUGCUCCAGGCCAUGAAAGUUGAAGAGCACAGCAUCGAUUUGGAUUGGGAGGUGGAGAUGCCGCAGUUGCCGAGCGCGGCGUCGAUGCGGCGCAUUGUCGCUCGCGACCCCGUGGCCCAAGCCCGCUGUUUUGCUUUCAUGAUGGACAUCUUUUGCGAAGAAGUUUUCGGCAUUCUUCCUCCCUGGAGAAAAGGAAGUUAUCGUGUGGGUGUGCCGGCUACCUUCGAAGAUGUUGUGGGCAGUUCUUUGCAAGGAGGCAUUUUUGGUGAUGUUGCGGCAUUAAAUGGUCCGUUGGAGACCCAAGGCCGCGGUCCCUUACACCCUCACAUGCUGAUUGUUUUGCUGGGACACGAUUUGGGAGAUCGUUUGCGCGCGCUCAUGCAUCGGUCGCAACAUGGUGAGUUGGUCAUUGAGCUGCAGCGGUGGAGCCGGCGUGUCUUGGAGGCUGUUCAACGUUAUCAGUACGAUUCUCAACUGGCACUGUCGCAGCAGUUGCAGUGUCCGACAGAGCCCCUGCCUCUGAAUGAACGCCAGCGAUCGGAGCGCGGCCAUCAAUAUGAGACCACCGCGCUGGUGCCCACAGAGCCAGAUGGACAUGAAGUGGAAGCGUUGAAAGGGGGUGGAUCUCUGGCCGCCAAGCUUUUGACGUUGACGGGCUGUUAUGCGUCCUUGCGACCGAAGUAUCUGCGACGCAGUGAGCGUGCUGUGGGAGAUGCUGAAGCCGUGAAGGGCAAACGUGAAUGUCGUUUUGGCUGCUUUCAUAUUGAAAUGAUCUGUGACCAGGACGACAAGCCGAAAGUGCUCUGCCGGAAAGGUUGGCCUCGAGUGUCGAAGGCUGGUUUUUCCGGAUCGCAAUAUGAUACGGAGGAGUUGAUGGAGAUGGAAGAGUUCAAGAACGAAAACCCUCAUGUUUUCCGGGCCCAACGGGAUCAUCCAUUUGAGGGAAUGUCCAACCCGGUCGCGCAAACGGUGAUGCGAUGCAAUGUGGAUGUGAAGUACAUCGGCCGCACCUUCGCAGAGGCUGACCUCUUGAAAUUCUGCGAUGGCACGGUGGACGAGGAGCUGGGACUUGAAGUUCCUGUUUCUGCAUCUUCUCCGUCGGGAUUGUCCAGGAGCUGCGACAGAGACCCCGAGCAUAUAGCAGUCGCUGCAUCGAGCUCCGACCUGCCACACGUGGAGCAAGCCAUUGCUACUGGGUUGGGUGGUGGGGAGUCGUUGCCGAAGAAAGGACGCGCCGCCCGUGCGAUGGACACUGAGCCGACGAAGAUGCGGGCAAUGAGAAAGGCGCUUCAACGCAUUCUGGUGGAUCUUUCAAGGGAUGUGCAAGAUGUUGGCUUUUGCCCAGGAGUUCAACGAUUGGAAGAGGAAGAAAAGAAGAAGGAAGAGAACUCUGCGGCGGGGACUGAGCCAGAAGUGGCAGGGGGAAACAGAGUCAGCCUCAUGAGCGGACAACAGAGUCGCGCGCUGAUGAUUUUGCGACGACUGGCCUUUGGAAUGAAUCGUUGUGUGGCCAAAUCCAAUGGGGAGAUGGCAUACCAGUUACUCUUCGAGCAGGAGCACAUUGUGACGUAUCGUGGUUACAAUAUGUUUUUCCGGUACGUGCCUUUCGCGAUGAUGCGAUGCAGGCAGGAGGACAUGGAGAAUGUCUUGCAGCAGAAACCGCAUCUGAAGAGUGCUCCUUUGGACGUGGUUGAAGAUCCUGAAGGACAGGGACCAGUGGCUGUGGAUGAGAUUGCUGAUGUUAUGGACGAGGAAGGUGAAGCGCGCACCGUCCACCAGGUGCAUGUGAACUUCAGCCAGAAAGACGAUUACCUGCGCAGGGGCGUGCUCCGCGCGCGCUUCUCAACGCACUGGACGCGGUGGAAGGCUCACAUGUCGCUGUGGAGAUGCUCGGCGGAGGAAAGAGUCUUGGCUGGCUUGUCGGCGCCAGCGAUUAGAGAUGUUGCAGGGGUGCGUCCAUAUUUGAUGGCCGCGAAGGACGCCAAUGUUGCUUUUCGGUACCUGGAGCAGAUGUUGUUCAGAGCGGCAGGAGUGGAUUGUCGCUUUCAUGAUGUGCUGCGCAUCUGCGAGCGCAUGGGCUGGUACGCGGAGUUGUCGGUGCCGUGUCACUACACGCAACUGACACCGCAGGAGUUUUUCGCCCAUCUGCAGACAGCUUGGUUGGAACGCUUUGAGCAGUACCACGCUGCGCGUCGUUUGAGUAGCAGUCGUCGCAGAGCGGAGCACUUCGCGCUCAUGACUUCUUUGGACAAGGUGGAGGAUCUGGAAGAUGACGCAGCGCCCCCGGACAUAGAAGGAGAUGACGUCGAAGACGAUUUGCGUUUGCGCGAGGAGCUGGAGAACUUGGAACGUGCACAGUGGCCGGUCGAUGGGAACUCUUUGCACGAGGCAAUGUUUCGAGAAGAGGAAUGGAUGAAGGUCCUGGGUCGACGCAAAACUUUGGUAUUGCAGGACACUUUGAAGUGCUUACGUGACUUUGUGAAUGGUUUGGGAGGUGUUCCAGAUGCGAGAACUGAUUUGGGCAUCAAGAACAGUGUGAUUACUGGGCUGGAUCGCAGCUGGACAUCUGCUGAAGCUCAGCAAUCCUUGAUGCUGCAAAAACAGUAUUUGGAAUUCUGUGUGGAGGCGGGAGGCACUGAAGAUGACGAUGAGAUGGCAGUGGACCAUGGGUUUCAGCCUUUGCAGGAGACGGAAGAUGCGUUUUUGGUCAAGCUUAACGAAAAGAACAUGGGUCCAUCUGAUUAUGCGGCUGCCUUGCUGGUGGAGCACAGUUUGAAUCGUCAACAGAUUUUGGCGAUCGCUCCCAUUGCUUGGGUUAUGGAGCAGAUGUGGGUGAACCGCACCCAGCCGGAAAACUGCAGAGCUGAUGGGGUGUGCAAUGAAAGUUGCAAUUGUCUUUGGCUUGGGGCUGGUGGUUCCGGGAAGACGUAUGCCUACACCAGGGUUUUGAGACCGUUAUUUCGACGUUUCUUUGGCUUGGAGGGCUACGUUGUGGGUGAAGCGGAGGCCGGCGUUGAGGAGGCGGCGGCGGAGCACACCAGCAAUGCUUCCGAACUAGGACGACUGGCGUUCAAGUCCUCGCUGCAGCGAGUCGUGCACUUCACUGGAUCGGGUCGGUUUUCCCAGUGCGCAUCUGGACAACAGCUGGUCAAGAUUCUUUUGUCGAUGCUGGAAGGACGGCCUUUGGAGGAUGGAUUGUGGGAGGCUUUAGAGGCAGCGGGUGCGGUGUUAAUGCGAUAUCAGCCGUUGGCUGUCUUGGUUGAGGUGGAUGAUCCGGAGUAUCGUAGCAUUCAGGUGCCAGAUGGCAGUGCUCCGCCGGGUCACGUGUGGCUGCGCGCCGUGACAUCGGAUCCGGGGUGGGAUCUGUCUGUUGGCGGGAAGCAAGCCGUGCAGGUUGUGCGCAAGCAGUUGCCGCUGGCACCUCGUUGCGUUCUCGCGCAUUACGGGUUACAGGGCAUCGCUGCGAGACAAGGCUUACUGGCUUUCUUGUCGAAACCCUCGUGGAUGAGCAAUGCCGACUAUGCCUUGGCCAUUUGUUUAUGUGUUUUUGAGACCUUCCUGCAUGAACGCAAUCCGGUGCUGGUGAAGAGAACGCGGGAGUUUGAGGAGCAGGCCCGGGUGGAUGAAGGGACAGCCAUUGAGUACGUGCGCCGGCUUUCCUGGCAGGGAAUCCCUUCAUUUCGCAAGCGCUUAUCAGCUGAUGAGCUUGCUGCGAUAGUUCCUGCUUAG